AUGGGUUACACAUCCUUUUACGCUUCCGAGAGACGAGAUCCUCGGUGUUUUGACCUUCCCUUUAAUCGCCUUCGAUCUUCAACCCGAUCAUCAACCAUGCAUAUUUCAGACGACUUCAACAUGCUCCGUGAGCGUGUUCAGACCAUCAUCCGCCAGCGAAGUCGCAAGGAGAAGCGCAGCUUGGAUAUUUCUGCACCUUUCAACUUUGAAAAGAACCCAGUCAACCUUCCAGGCGUUUCAGAGGAACAACUUUCCAUGCUUCGAGAACAAGCUGCCGCCAGUCGAAUUGGCAUCGCAGACCAUCACAGUCCUGGCCCCAUCGCUCCUCGAUCGCCUUGCUCGACAUCAAGCCUAUUCUCCCACCCAGUACGGCCAGCCAUAAAGUCGACUCCCACUUGCGACUCGGUCUCAUCCACCGAUAGUCUUCACUAA